GCAACAGGGCAGGCCAUGCCAGAGAGUAAAAUACAAGGUGGGGGCUCGCGGGGCAAGUGGAAGCUGAGGAAGGGAGGCAGCCGCUCGGCCAUCCCGGCACUCUUCACCAUCACUGAGGAAGAGGAAGGGCUGAGACGGAGAGAUGCUCGCAAGAGGAAGAAAAGAGCGUCUGACUCCCAGUAUAUAUCGGAGGAUGGCAGAACGUCUACGUCCGCCACCCGCCCCAGCUCCUCGGGCUCGGGGCGCACCUACAGUCCCACCCUGACCCUCACCCCCAACACCACCCCUACACAGACUCACACCACCACCAGCAACAGCCCCAGUAACAAUGCUGCCAACAGACCAGACUCGUUGCUCUUCAACAAGAUCGACGAAAGACAGAGAUUAGCCCGUGAGCGCCGGGAUGAGUGUGAGAAACAGAACGCCAUCAAGGAGACCCAGUGGCAGGCGCGUGAGGAGCGAGCCCGGCAGCACUAUGAGAAGCAGCUGGAGGAGAGGAAGAAGAGGCUGGAGGAGCAGAGGGUGAAGGAGGACAAGAGACGGGCUGCCGUGGAGGAGAAACGGCGGCAGAAACUGGAGGAAGACAAGACUCGUCACGAGGCGGUGAUGCUUCGGACGUUGGAGAGGAGCCAGAGAGCCAGACAGAAGCCCAACCGGUGGUCUUGGGGAGGGCCGAUGCACACAAACAAUCCCACCACGCCAACCGAUGCUGACAGGCGGUCAGUGUCCACAAUGAAUUUAUCCAAACACACAGACCCUGUUAUAACCAAGCGCCUCUCCUACUCCUCUGCCACACUCCUACACUCACCAGACCGAGGCUUACAGAUGAGGACAGCUUCGUCUCCUGUCAUUAGCAAAGCUCAGUCCAAAUCCCGCCUUCACCAGGGAACGACCACUCAGCACAAAAACACAGGAAUGCGCCAUCUGCCCCUGACGCCAUGGGAGAGCAACGUGGUCAACCGCCUGCAGCAGCCCACACACUCCUACCUGGCUCGGAGCCGCAGUGCCAUGAGUCUGUCUGGAGAUCAAACAGUGUCCUGCCACCCCAUGGGCUCCAUGUCCUUCAAAGCCCUGCAGGCCCAGCCGCUGCCUCACUGCCGCAGCCAGGAGAGGAGCCUCAGCCGGGGGACGGGGUCCUCUGCCCCCACCACUGCUCGCAGGAGGACCACCGGCAGCACACAGCGUAAGGACCGGGACAAUGUCAGGAAGUCAUGGAGCAACCUGUCUCUCCCAUUGGCUCCCGUUCUGACUUUGCCCCCCAACAAGCGCUCCUCUUCUCCAGGCAAAAGGAACAGAAAAGUGACAGCGCCUCCUCCUGGCAGGCCUCCACAAAAGUCCCCAGGGCGCCCACCCACCCCAAAGCAGCUUAAGUCUCCGGGGGCAGAAGACCCUGGAAAUCUUCGUCCUUUCAGGGUCCCACACGCGAGUCCCCAACCCACCAGAGCCCCAGGAGAGGAGGAGGAAGAGCAGGUCCUCAGUCCUCCUCAGCCUCGCCCUCAGCCGCUGGGUCAGAACAGGAGCGGCAGCGAGCAGACACCAGAGAGUGCAAGCAGCCCUCCAGCCCACAAGACCUCAGCAGGCACGUCAGAUCCAGAGGAGGCGAGUCGUAUCCUGGCUGAGAAUCGCAGACUGGCCCGAGAGCAGAGGGAGAGAGAGGAGGAGGAGCGCAAGCAGCAGGAGGAGCAGCGGAGGAUAGCGCAGGAAGAGAUGGCUCGCCGUAAGGCAGAGGAGCGAGUGAAGAGAGAGGAGGAGGCUCAGCGUCAGGGAGAGGAGACGAGGAAGAAAAAGGAGGAGGAGGAGAGAAAGGGCGAGGAAGAGAGACUUCAGAAAGAGAAAGAGGAGGCGGAGAAACUCCAGAAACAGAAAGAGGAGGAAGAGUCGCGACAGAAGGAGGAGGCAGAGCGGCUGAGGAAGGAGAGAGAGAAACACUUCCAGAAAGAAGAGGCUGAACGCUUAGAAAGGAAAAAGCGUCUGGAUGAGAUCAUGAAGAGAACAAGACGUGCAGACCCAUCAGAGAAGAAAGUUGUUCCCAACAGAAAUGGAGAAAAUGCAGAGACCCCUGCCACUCCCAGUCCAUCUGCAGUAACCCCCUCACCGUCACUCAAUAGCAACGGUGGUCAACCAGACCCUGAAACCUCAGCACUGAGCCAUACUGACCAGAGGGAGAACGGGGAGUUUGAGGAGGUGAUCGUACUGCCUUCACAUUCCAGGCUGUCUCCUCCUGAGGGAGAGGAGGAGCAGCAGCAUGAGGAGGGGAGAGUUCCUGUCAUAGCCUUCAGGGAGAACGGCCUCCUAAAGCCUCUGAGCGGAGCAGAGGACAUAUCAGCCCAGCAGGGACCCGACGUUGCCUGAUGCCCUGUUAGGCCGACGUGAUUCCACACCCAGAGAGACAGGAAGUGAGAUGGCCACAGAGCGGUAACAUAGGGCUGUUAUCAAAGCGAGACCCUUCCAGAGGACUACUUUCUCUCCCUCCCGCGACAGAAGAGAAAACGCGGCCACUUCCCAAAGAUGGAGUUUCCAAAGAUCUGCCUAAAGCCUCCCCAGAAAGAAGUUACUUUCCCCCCCCGAGCAAACUCUCUGAGGAACAGACGCUCUCUCUGUCUCCCAUCACUCUGUCAUUACGUUCUGUGUACAGCCCCAAACCCCCCCGAUUCUGAAGUGAAUCUGAAAUCACAGGAGCAUCGAAUGCCACCUCGUGACUCUCUAAAUGUGUGUGAAUGAAUGAGAGAUUAAUAAUAAUGUAAACUGAGAUCAGCUGUAAAGUCUUCAGCCCUGAUACUUGAAGAGAUUUUUUUUGUUGUUACUGUAGAACACACUGUAAUCGGACAUAAUGUGGCGUUAUAACUGGAACUCGCACAACAGGCUCCGAAUGACACGGUUUCAUUAACGCGUUUUAUCUCUUUGACCCGAAACCUCAUGAUUCUCAAGUUUCAACGUUUCUAUUGAAAUGUUACUGAAGAGAUAUAGGAAGGAAGUCGGUGCAUGAAGUUGUAUUAUGACUACAGGAAAGUGUCAUGUAAUAUAUUUUUGCUGAGUCUACAGUGUUUAAGACUAGGAAGUUAUUAAUGUGGGCGUUGAAGUUAAAUAACGACAAAAAGAAAAUACUGUUCGUAAAAUGAUUUGUUUAGUUUUAUUUAAUUGCUGUUCAGAUGAAAUGUGAUUCUUUGUUUUGUCCUCCAUACUCUGUUUAAAUUGAGCAGAAAAAAUCUGCUUUGUCGUUAAACCCCUUUCCUGUCGUUUACCCUUUACAUUUAUCCCAUCGCUGACUUUUGUUUUGGCCAAGCAAAUACAAAAUGAGUUAACUAAUAUGGUGGUAAUGUUAAAAUAAUUUAAUCUUUUGUUGAUUGAGGAAUUAUAAGAAGAAAUGCUGCUAAUUUUGUUCCUUUGCCUUACCGCAUUGUGGCAAGUAUGAUGUCACUUGUCUCUCUCACUCAAGUGAAGAUAUGCAUUCCCAGCGUGAGCUUUGACAUUUUGGACACAUGCCAUAACUCUCCAGUGACUUCUGCUUGAUUUAUGUUAACAAAUAUCAAAGCCUGUGAUGAAAUGUCAUCAUGUAAAGGCUAUAAUGUCAAAGCUAUCUGUCCUUUCUACUCUCUUAGCAUUUGGUUCUCGAACCUCUGCACUUUCCUCUUAGUUAUAAUAUUGCAGUACCACCAAAAAUGGGGGUAAACUCCAGAAAGAUUCCUCAUGUCUUGUUUAUGUAGUGCUGGUUUCUGCCAGUGGUACAUAGCAUGCUGUUCAAUGUGGUCAAAGCUUGAAAAUAAACUGCUUGUAAAUGACGUUAUACAUACAUAUCCUAUAAAUUAUGUUUAAAAGCUGAUAUAUUUUACUAAGACUGACUAAGAACACAAGGCUUUGAAAACUGGAAAGCUUUUACUACGAAGAGGGGCUGUGGGAGAUCUGUGAACCACUGUAAAACUGAUCACUGUACAACUGCUGGCAAGUAAAUAAAACGUUUUGAAUUGAC